ACGACAUUUUACGCGUUGCGGAUUUCGGUUUCGCCACUAAACAUGCGUACAAUGGACAGCGGUAUUCCUCCUACAUCGCCACAAGAUGGUAUCGCGCGCCUGAACUUUUGACAGGAGACUAUUGCUAUGGAAAGGCUGUUGAUGUGUGGGCAAUUGGAGCCGUCGCAGUGGAAAUGAUCAAAGGUCAACCGAUGGCUGCCGGCACUGAGGAUGCGGAUCAAAUGGUGAAAACACUGCAAAUUGUCGGCCGUAUCCCGAAAUACAUGUGGGAACGCGCCACGAAAAUGUACAGCAACUGCGCCGACCAGACCAAUGACGGUGCACCAUUUACCGGUCUGGACACGCUGCUGUGUCAGCACCCGGGACGGCUAACCGAGCUCAUCAAACUGUGCUUAGAACCGGAUCCACUGAUCCGUCACCCGGCAGACCAUCUCCUGUCGCACUCAUACUUCACCGAAGACGACAAAUAUUUCAUCGCCCAUCUGCUCACGGAAAUCAAACAGUCCAGCAUCGAGAACAGUCACUCAUCAGCGGCCUAUCAGCAUUUCCUCCAAAAGCGCACCGUCUUCCAGCGCGCUGCACGUGAAUUCCUCCAACUGGGAAGUUACGGCGUGGCGUCAAUUAUCUCGCGCUAUCGCCAGCUCGGAUUAGACCAGCAGAUUUUAAAGACCCUAGCCGAGAUGGUAAUGCGUGAUAACCAGAUGAUACCGGAUUUUCGGGGCGGUAGUUCGGAUAUGUAUACCGUGAAGAGCAACGAACAGGGCGACGAAUCACUGCGGGCGACAGGGAGUUAUCGCAGCAGCCAUUCGCUGUUUCCCUCUUUUCAAUUCCGAUCGGGAUCCAUGGGCAAUGUCACUGGACGACCGUUAGGCUAUGCCUCAACCACCGGCGGGUGGUCUGCGCCAAAGGUCACGAAAGCCGGUAGUUGUCUGGUGAACACGAAAAAUGCCCCAGUAAAUCCAGAAUCGCCUGGCAAAUCCGUGCAUUUCUGGCCGGACAGCGCCCAUACGAAAAAUGCCGUCUCAGUCAUCCGUGGUGAGCCGUCCAGUCUACAGCAGGCCAUUAGGUCCAAACCGGCAUUUAUUGCCCGCAAGCCGACCAGCACGGUCAGUGAGGUCGUGCACGCGGCCAUCGAUAAUAAUAAGCACGGCAGCCGCAGUACGGUCAGCGGAAACAGUGGCUGGUAUAAAAGUUUGGCGCCGUCCACUUGGAAAACGUGGCAUAAUCGCGGGAAGCACAGUGCGACUACCAGUGCCGGUCAGGACGGUGAUUCAUCUAAGCACUUCCGGUCGGACACAGAGCCCGGUCAACGAUGGACGUUUGAAGAUGAACCGUUGGAUCUUAGUGUAAAAAAGGGUAAUAAAAAUGACACUGAAAAGCCGUUUGAUCUAUUUUGAGGAUACGAAUUUGUUGCAACCGGGCAGUCAGGGACUUCCGGUGCCCGUUCCCGGGUCCAGUGCUUCGGGGCCGAAAUGGGAUUUGGAUACUGAAAGUGAUGAUGAAGUUCAGAAUGUAUACAGUAAACAUUUUUUGCCGACAUUUUAUAACUGGAGUUGGCAAUACCAAAAUUAAAAUGUGUUCUUGGGAACAGUCCGAUAUUUCUAGCGAUACUCAAACGUUUUGUAGCUGGGGAAAUACCUGCCAUAAAAAAGAAUGAUUGAUAAGGCACCGGCCAGGAAACUAACUUCUUACUGCCUACCUUUUCAACUUCAACAAAAUAAUUGUGUACAUAUAGUUG